AUGUCAUGUCAAAAAGUAGAUCUCACGAUACCUGAUACGGUGCCUGCAGCCUCAAACCUUAAACAUGCAGUUGACCUGACGAUACCUGAUACGGUGCCUGCGGCCUCUAACCUUAAACAUGUAUUUGACCAGACGAUACCUGAUACGGUGCCUGCGGCCUCUAACCGUAAACAUGUAUUUGACCUGACGAUACCUGAUACGGUGCCUGCGGCCUCAAACCUUAAACAUGUAUGUGACCUCACGAUACCUGAUACGGUGCCUGCGGCCUCUAACCGUAAACAUGUAUUUGACCUCACGAUACCUGAUACGGUGCCUGCGGCCUCUAACCUUAAACAUGUAUUUGACCUGACGAUACCUGAUACGGUGCCUGCGGCCUCAAACCUUAAACAUGUAUUUGACCUCACGAUACCUGAUACGGUGCCUGCGGCCUCUAACCUUAAACAUGUAUUUGACCUGACGAUACCUGAUACGGUGCCUGCGGCCUCAAACCUUAAACAUGUAUUUGACCUGAUGAUACCUGAUACGGUGCCUGCGGCCUCAAACCUUAAACAUGUAUGUGACCUCACGAUACCUGAUACGGUGCCUGCGGCCUCUAACCUUAAACAUGUAUGUGACCUCACGAUACCUGAUACGGUGCCUGCGGCCUCAAACCUUAAACAUGUAUGUGACCUCACGAUACCUGAUACGGUGCCUGCGGCCUCAAACCUUAAACAUGUAUGUGACCUCACGAUACCUGAUACGGUGCCUGCGGCCUCAAACCUUAAACAUGUAUGUGAGAAACGUGCGUUUCAGGGCAUCCUUCUUAUUUACUCGAACCACUGUGGUGUUCGGUAA